GUACUUAACACAGUGUACAUGAUACUUGUUACAAGAAACAAAUCUUAAAGUUGUUAGAAAGGAAAAUAAAAUCAAAAUCUUUAAAACAGUAAAUUACGUGCACAUUGUCCUUUUCCCUUUCCCCAUAAUCAUGGCCAAUACUCUUUAAAAAGAGCUAUAAACCACACCACACUAUCCAUUCAUUCAUCACUUGUCUCAUUAUUCAAAAAAAGAAAGAAAAAUGUCUUCUUCUUCUUCCACACCAAUAUCAUCAGAUAAUCAUGAAUUACCAUUUGGCAUGUUCGAACCAAUCAGAACACCAACAGGAUAUUCUUGGUUACAACGCAACACAGCCAUAUGCCAACCAAGCGAAAAGCGAGGCCGCCGUAAGCAGACCGAGCCUGGACGGUUCCUUGGGGUGAGACGUAGGCCGUGGGGUCGUUACGCGGCUGAAAUCCGUGACCCCACGACAAAAGAAAGGCAUUGGCUUGGGACUUUUGAUACGGCUCAAGAAGCUGCUUUGGCUUACGAUAGAGCUGCGCUUUCUAUGAAAGGCACUCAAGCAAGAACUAAUUUUAUUUACACCUCUGAUAGUGCUAAUACUAAUUUCCCUUCUCUUAUUUCACCUUUUGAACAUGUCCAAAAUAUGUUGCAACCUAAUGCACACUUCAACUUCAAUACUACUACUCAAAGUAACAACAACAACAACAACAACAUUAUCAAAAACAACAUGAAUGCCACCACCACCACCACUUCUGAUGAGUCAUCGUCGUAUGGCUCAUCACCUAACGAGAACAACAGCUUUGUCUUUUUAAGUGACAAUAACAUAAAUCAUACAAAUUCAGGUUACUUAUUAGAUUGCAUCGUUCCUGAUAGCUGUUUGAAACCACCACCACCUUCUUCUUCGACUCCUCAGAGUAAAAUGAUCAAAAAUUGUCAAGAAAACCAUGAUGAUCAUCAAAACAUGACGACUUUCUAUGGUAGUAGUGGAUUUUUGGAUGAAGAAAAAUACAUGUCAUCAACAAUGUCGACAUGGGAGAAUUCUUGUGAGUUAUCAGCCAUGAUGAUGAACAAUAGCAACAUGAACCAAAUGAUGGAUGACGUGGCAGCAGGAAACUGUUAUUAUCCUAACAUGGAGAUUAAUAAUGCAGCUAAUUUUGAUCAUAAUAAUAUUAAUAUUAAUGAUCAGCUGAUGAUGAUGCCUACUCAUGAAACUAAUGCUGCUCCUACUUUUGGUGAUGUUGAAUUUGGAUACACUACUCUAUUUUGAUAUAUUUUAUUUAAUUUCCAGUGUAAUUCCAUCUAUGUACCUUUUUUGCCAACCUAAUUAAUUCCUCCUCUUCUUUUUUUUUUUACGAGUUUUUCAGUGUGUCAAUCUUAAUUAAUAGGGUGUCUUAAAAGUAUUUUGAUUUUUUCAAGUACGUACAAGACUAGCUUCUUUGCAGCUA